AUGAAAGGGAGAGAAGGGAGGUUUGCUAUGUUUCGAUAUAUCAUACUGUUAUUGAUGAUCGAGCUCACUACUCAUAUUCACACGAAGCCACUUUCGCCAUCUGAUGAGCGUCACUAUGCUAAAGCACGUAUGCUAAAAAAUAAAGCCAGCAAUCGUAGACCAGUUAUUAUUGAUACAGACACAGAUAUUGAUGACUUUUGGGCUGUUGCAUAUGCAAUUAAUGUACCGACAAUUGAUGUUGUGGCUAUUACUGCAGUCGGCGAUGGGUUUAGUGCACCAAAUAUGUUAACCUUACUUGGCUUAUUAGGCUGUAAAGAUGGUAUUGCUGUUGCGUAUGGCCGAAGUACACCAAUACUAUUUCCUGGUGCAACAGUUAGCUCAAAUAUAAAAACGCCAAUUGAUACUUAUUUAACUUCACCAAAAUGUUUAAAUCAAACAGCUGAUAUCUAUCUACAACCAUCACCAUUCGAUGCCGUGGAAUUAAUUGUACAAAUAUUAAAACAUUCACAGGGAAAAGUUGAUAUAUUAGCCCUUGGUCCAUUGACAAAUAUAGCUGAAGCUAUUUCAACAGAUCGCUCAGUAGUCAAAAAAAUUGGCACGUUUUAUUUUUCGGCCACGGACGAAUAUGAAUUACCUGACGAAUUUGAAUAUCAAACAGGAGCACGCCAACCAUCGAAAUGA